AUGUUAUAGGAAAUUGAAAAGAAGAAUCUAAUAAACAUUGUUACACAUAUUUUAGAAUAAGAGAGGAGAGAUAAAAUCAAAUUUAUUGAUAUACAUUAUCGAUCCAUUAUAAAAGAAUAGCUGAAAUUCAUUUCUGAAAAUUUAUCCAAAAAUGCAGUAAAUAAAUGUAAGUAUUUAUAAUUUUUAUACUUUCUGAAUGUAAUAAUAAUUUUUACUUAUUUGUGGUUAUGGAAUUAAAACAGAAAAAUUCCUAAUGAGGACUACUAUAAUUAAUUUAUUUAGAAUUAAAAUUAAGGUAUAAUAGAAGAUAUUAAUAUUACCUAUGAUGGUAAUUGUUAAAAAGCAUUCGGAUAUUAAGUAAUAUUAUGAUUAAUAAUAAAUAGUAUUCUCCAUUAUUCGAAUAUUUAUGGCCAGGAACAGUUUAUGGUUGUGAUUGUACAAAAAAUUUAACAAUUCAUGAAAUUAAUGAAAUGGAUGAAAAUACAUUUUUUGAAAAGUUUUUUUUCAUUGGCAGAAUGUGUAAAUAAAUUGAAGUUGAAAAUAAUUGUAAAUCAAUACAAAACUUUACUUCUAGAAUAUUAAGCUAAUUAAAUGAUAAUAGAUUUUCUCAAUGUAAUAGCAAAUUAAAUUUAAAUUUAGCUUUCAUGUUAUGUGCCAAAAGAAAUGAGAAAAUUUCCUUAAGAUACAAUAAUAGCUAUUGUUUAGAAGAAAAUAAAACGAUAUGUGGAAAAGAUUAAUAUUAAUUUUGUUUGCCUUUUAAUGCUACAUGCCCAAUAACUAAGAUUGGAUUUCUUUAAAAUUUAGAUGAUCAUGAUAUUUUUCGGAUUCAAUAAAAUAAUAGAAGUUAUCGUAUUAUAAAAAUAAAUCAAGAAUUUUACUUUUAUUCUAUAAUUAAUUCAUCAGAUAGAUUGCCAAUAUCUUAAGUCUAAUUGACAGAAUCCGACAAAGUAUGUUUAUUAAAUUCUUUAAACAAUAUAUAGAAAGAUAGAAAUGAAUAUUAUUUAAUGAAAGUUAGAAGAUAAAAUUGUGAAAAAACAGAUACUGCUUUUAAAAAUGAAUUUAAUAUAUCAGAAGAAUAAUUAUAUUUAGCAAAUAACUUAAGAAAUUUAAAACACAACUUACCUUUUUUUCCAGUCUCUAAAAUAUAGAAUUGGACUUUAUAGACAAAAAGUUAUAUAUAAAUUAAUCCUGAAUGUUAAAACUCAGCUUUUUAUGAAAAAAUUCUAAAUAAAUCAACAUUAACAAUGAAUCAAGAAAUUUAAGAUAUUAUGAAUUACAUUUUUAUCUUAAAUCUGCUACUACUCAUAACUUUUAUUAUUGAGUAUUCUUUAGAUAUUUCAGAUUUUAAGUGUAGAUUUUCACAAAUUAUUCAAAAUUUCGAAAAAAUUAUUAUGUUGUUAAUCAAUGUCUUAGAAAUCUUAUAUAUUUAUUAAGAAAUUCAAUUUUCGAAAUCAUUUGAAGAUUUCCAAAACUUUAAUUAUAUGAACUGCAUUCAAACAGGAAAUUAGCCUGAUAUAUUUAAUUAUAUAGAAAUGAAAGAAUCUAAAGUAUUUUGGAUUGAAUUUAUUUUUUAUCCAAUUUAAAUGGUAUGCUUUUUAAGGAUAAUUUAUGAAUAUGGAACUAAUCUUAGAAAUAUCUGUAAUCUUAGACCUGUCAAUUCGUUGAUAACAAUGUUUCUUUAAUGCAAAAACAGAAUUCGUGAUGAAGUCGCUUUUGAAUGA